AGCCGUUAGCAGCUCCUGUGGCCAGAAGCUUCUAAACCAGCAGAGUUGUUCUUUGGGGGUUUGUAAUAAGAGACACUCCUUCACAAAGGUUCAUACCAUCAUAUAGGAGAGCACUAUACAUAUUGGGAGAACAAUAGACUGUAUUCUUUUUUUUUUUUUUGUCUUGGUAUUAUCCAGAGAUCUGUUUUCUACUGCCCUGACUUAAAGCCGAGUACCUCUGUGGCCUAUCUUUCUCCUUUGGCCCCAAAAUGACAGUAAUUGCUGCAAUCAGUUGUGCUUUCUUAUUUUCCAUUCUCUGUGAAACAAGUGCAUUAGUAUUACCCAACUCCACUGACCUACUCCUGUCAGACGAUAAUUUCACUGACAUUGAGACAGCUUUGGCAGCUCAUCUGGACUCUGCAAAUAUUCCCAAAGCCAGGCGGAAGCGCUACAUUUCACAGAAUGACAUGAUUGCCAUUCUUGAUUAUCAUAAUCAAGUCAGAGGCAAAGUCUUCCCACCUGCUUCCAACAUGGAAUAUAUGGUUUGGGAUGAAACUCUUGCUAAAUCCGCAGAGGCCUGGGCUGCUACUUGCAUUUGGGACCAUGGUCCUUCCUACUUACUGAGAUUCUUGGGCCAGAACCUGUCUGUAAGGACUGGAAGGUAUCGAUCUAUUCUCCAGCUGGUAAAGCCGUGGUAUGAUGAGGUGAAGGAUUAUGCUUUCCCUUAUCCUCAGGACUGCAACCCCAGGUGCCCCAUGCGAUGUUAUGGACCCAUGUGCACCCAUUACACACAGAUGGUUUGGGCCACUUCCAAUCGUAUAGGCUGCGCAAUCCACACAUGCCACAAUAUGAACGUCUGGGGAUCUGUUUGGCGACGAGCUGUUUACUUGGUAUGCAACUAUGCCCCAAAGGGCAAUUGGAUUGGAGAAGCACCAUAUAAAGUAGGAGUCCCAUGUUCUGCUUGUCCUCCAAGCUAUGGAGGCUCCUGUACUGAUAAUCUUUGUUUCCCAGGAGUAACAUCAAACUACUUAUAUUGGUUUAGAUAAGUUAAAGUUUACAUUAUUUUUUUUUUUAAAUGGAUGAGUAACAAGAAGCUUGUAUAAUGAAUUUUGCACAUGUUAUAUAUAUAUAGAUAUUAUAAUAAUACUCUGAUGUUUUCAUUUUUGUAUGCUUUUGUGUAAUUAGCUUUCAAAGUAAGGUAUAAUUUGAUUUUAACACUUUGGGAUUUAAGACUCACAUUAAGUUUUCUACAGAUUAACAUUUUGUUAAUGGAGAGCAAACUAAUUUUCACCUUAGCAAGUGUACCGUCCUGAAGAUUAGGUUCUUUUAAAAGCACAUUAAAAGAUAGAUUAUUUCCUUUUAAAAAUAAUAGCUCCAGAAAGAGAAGGGUCAUUGAUUAAUGUUGUGAUUUAGAAAUGGGGUGUGACAUACAAAGCACCAACUUGUCCUCGCACUCCAAAUGGUUCCUCCCGUUUACACCUGUGCUUUCACCUGCAAUGUCAGUGGGACUCUGAGCAGAGGAAAACAUAUGUGCAAGAGAAACUGCAGGAUAUUACCUACCUCAUGCACAACACCAAUUUGUUUAUGGCAUUCCAAGAGUUCAGCACACAGCUGCUGCUAUCAUCAACAAUGUGUGCAGACAGGAAAAUUAGAGAGAAUGAGGAACCACAUUGGCCAAGAUGCAGUGGCUGUUAACUCAUAUACCUAAGGUCUUAAUUAGAUAGAAAACUACAUCACUUUAAAUAUACUGAUGUAAUAACACGGCCUAACUCUACCUUCCUGUGUUUCUGAACACAGUCUUGAUGGUAUAAUGGUGCUUUACAGCAGUAUAUUUAUUCUUGUACUGGAAGGUGAAGACAUGAAUUGCUACAAAGCAACAUAUAUCAAUAUAUGACAUCCGUACUGUCUCUUACCCUAUAGGUUUGCCAGCAUAUGCACUGUCCCCUUGACUGAAACUCAGGUGAAACUUACAAAGAGAGAUCAGACAUAAAAUUAGAUAAGAGGAUAUCCAAAUAAAAGACAUCAGGCAAAUUUAAAACCUCAUACAGAUUUGGAAAAAAACCUCCAGAUUUCUAAAGAAAUUGGUAACAUCCUUUCAAAUAACUUGCACUAUUUCCUGAACAUAUCCGUAUGAAUUAAUAAAACCCAAAUCUGUUUAUUCAUACAUUUCCUGCCCCAAACUGAACACCUUAUGGGUUUUUGCUAGUACAUUUAUAAAGCGGGCCUUCAGUGUAACUUAGAGUUUUCUCCAAAAAUAGAUUAUAAAAAGGAGGAAAUCAAAUGUGUGCCACAACUACUACGUUAUUGAAAUAGCCUUGAGUUUGUCUUUACAUUACAGGGCAGAAUGUACUCCACUUGAAAUAUAUGUGUUUAGUCUGCUUGCACUGCUACAUUGAGACCUCUGAAAUUUUCUCCUUUAAAAAGCAAUACCGAAUAGAGCAACCAGAACAACAGAGGUUAAUUUCACUAGUGCUACAUAUGUAUAUGUCUUUAAGUCACUAAUUCAGUCUAUUUGAAGGUGUUUGAGACAAUCUGUCACCAGAAUAUGAAGUGUAAUAUUGGUGAUACAAAAAGAAAGAUCAGACUUUGAAUUCUUCAUGUUAGUAAUUCUUUUUCUCCAGCGAGAUAACGGGGGGGAGGAGGAAAUGGGCUGUACUGUGUAUGAAACCCAACAGCCCCUCUCCACUGGUCCAUAAUCUGAUCCCUCAGAGAAGAUCAGCAACUGAUCUGUGGCUAUUCAGACAUUUCUGGUUAGUAACAAGUCUGUAUCUGACAGGAUAAUAACUAGACAUAUAUUGUCUUAAAAUAUAUUCCAUCUUUUAGAAGAAAAAUCCUUAUAAUAUUUAAUUAACUUUUAUCCUAACAGUGACAAUAUAAAUGAUUUUUCUUCUGGUUUCAAAGGGACUUGGAUUUAGAUAGUGCUUAAUCAGUCAAGCAUUUUGGCUGAGUAAAAUCCAGUUCUGAUUUGGGAGUAAAACACAAUCUCUCUGCAUUAUCUAUGUAUGUGUUGAGAGAAUUCAGUAAGACAAAACUACUAGGUGGGUCAUUAGUCCCCAGCUGGACCAGUUUUUGGCACAGAUGCAUGGGACAAAUACGUUUUUUUUGUUCUCCAUUAGAAAUCUCUAGAGGUAAAGACAGCACAGUUAAAACAGUGCAUCUGGACAUUACCAGUAUUUCCUUUUUUUUUAAUACAAGAUGGGAAGCAGAGCAGAAGUAAAAGUUCAGGUUAAGCGUGAAACCUACAACAGUAGCUCUGACAAUAAAUGACUAUGCACUUUGGAAUUUGCAACUUGUAUGUUGUAUGGUACACUUUCCAAACAGGACUAGGCAUUGUAAAUUAAUUUAUAAUUCUGUAAUUCAGCAGAAAGUAUAUAUGUAUACGGGUAUAUAUAUAUGUAUACAUAUAUAUAUAUACACACACAUAUAUAUAUGUAUACGGGUAUAUAAAGUAUAUAUAUAUACGGGUAUAUAUGUUAUCGUAUAUGAUACUUUUUAAGUUGUUAGAAAUACCUUGAUUUUGUGGAAUAUUUUGUUUUCUGUGGGCAUAAAAAGCUUUCCUUUUGACAAAUAGGUAUGCAGGUUUUUUCACAACAUCUGAUAAUGGUGCUAGGGAUUAACUAUUGUAAUCACACUGUAAGUGACAGCAGCAAAAAAUGAUCUGGGUAUAAGCUAUUUCAUACAAGCAGCUCCUGAUAAAACCAGCUACUAGCACUCAAGCACUAGGUGAAUAUUUUUCAUUGAACAGCGCAUAUUACAGCUCAUCAGAUUUUGAUUACCACAUGAAAUUUGUCCUUUCACUUUGUUUAAAAAAAGUUGUUUACCGAAGGCCUUUCUAUAUUACCCAUUUGAGUUGCCCCGAUUUCUAUUGUCUUUUUUCUCUCGAGUUGGGUAAUGAAAAUGCUAGUAUAGUUCUGCUUUGAUUGCAAGUGUCAGUGCUGCCUGAGUGAUUACCUGACAUCAAGUGCUGCUAGAACAAAAGUACUGAAAUGUGUGCAAGACUUCAGAUACCUUUGGCAGCAUGUCUGCUCUGAUACAUGCUGAAAAUCCUUGAUGAGUUCAAGGUUAUGCUGAGGCAAACUACCCCCAGCUGCUGUUCUACUAGCCUUGAAGAUUUGUAUUAAUUCCUUCCAAGAGGCAUGGUAUGCCUUUAAGAGGCAGAGAAAUUAGCUCAGACUUUUGUUCUGUUCUAUAUAUAAAAUUAUGAAACUAUAAACACACUAAAAUAAGGCUAAAAAUAUUUUUAGUCAAAAUACUGUGAGAAGCAUAAGAGUAAAAAUGAAGUAAUUGAUAUCGUUACUUAUGGAGUGCAGCUGUUUAUAAUACCUGCUUGUGAUUUUUUUGCCUCAUUUAAACAUCUAAGAUGAUGGGUAGCAAUUGAUAACUUUUGGUGCUAACCUGUAUGUUUUGGUGCUGAUGUUACACAUUAUUUUUGUGGAAAAUGAGGUUUGCUUCCAAUAUUACCAUAUACACUCCAAUGCUUGAGAGAUCUUUCUCAGCUAAGCAUAUAAUUUACUACCACUAGGCCAGAUUUGCUUUCAAAGUUCCUUUUUAUGGUUGUUUCAGGCUCUAAUGAGAGUUUUAUGCUCAUCAGAGAGGAAACUGUAUUCCUGUCCAUAACCAAAACAAACAGCACCCUCCCCUCAUCACAACAGUGAAGCGACUGUGGAACAAAUUAUGAGGAGAGUAAGAUCUCUGACAGUCGACUUUAGUUUGUUGCUGAUUAGGAUUUACUGAUCCUGAACCCUCUCUGUGGCAUAAUGAAUGGCUUCAGAACAUCUGGGCUUGGCCUUGCACAGUUCUCCCUGGGAAGCUCUGUGUUCCUCUUCUUUGAGGAAGUUUGUUACCCUCUGAAUUCAAGAUCAGUUGGAUCAGGCCUCUGUGAAAACCAUGAGAGGUUUAAUAAAACUUUUGCAGGAGUGACAAUGUUGGAUUCCACGAGAGCUUUAGGGACAUCAAAAUUAGAUUUCAUGUGCUAGCCCUACAAACACUAGGAAAUACCAUAGAACUCUGAAAGAGGGAACCUCCCUAGGCGAUUAUGUUCUAUACCACAGUUUAGACCCAACAGAAGUAAGUAUAUCUGUAUCUAUCUAUCCAUAUCUAUACCUGUAUAUAGAUGGAUAGAUGGAUAGAUAGAUAGAUAGAUAGAUAGAUAAAUAGAUAGAUAGAUAGAUAGAUAGAUAGAUAGAUUACUUCUGUUCAUAUAGGAUCUUCAAGGAUCUGGUUGCAGUCAUGGAUGCCCUCUUGUGGUUAAAAAUGCCUAUAAAUUCAUUUGAUUUCAAAAAAAAUCCAAAAGGUUUUAGGAUUUUUUUUUUUAAAUACAUGCAAAUUUACUUUGUUUCCUUUAAAAUUUUUGGCCUUGAUUUUAAAGACACAUGACUUUGUGUAUUUUCUUUGAGAAAUGAUGUCCAUUGUGUAGCUCCUUGAUUUCUUAGUUUUACAUGCUUUGGAAAUACAGAACUCAGUCACAAGUAUAUUAGCUAUUGGUUACCUAUCAUAAAAAGUUUCAUGAAUAUGAGGUAAAACAGGAAUUCAAAUGUCUGAAGGAUUUUUAGAGGCGUUAAAUCAGAUAUAGUUCUUAAAAGCAGGAGGUAAGGAUCCUCAUUACUCAGAUACUAAAUUCUAAUGACCCCUAAUAAAAUAAGAGUUUUAAAGACCCAAGUUACUGUUGAAUUUUACCCAUUAUUGCUAAGUUUUCAAGACAAAACUGUUGCUUUCUCCUUCUAGAAUGAAAUGAUCUCAUAGGAUUCAAGAACACAGCGUUUUUAUGGUGCUUGCUGAAACUCAGCAAAAUAGAAAGUGUGCAUGCUCUGGUUAUCAGAUCGUAAUAGGUCUGAUGAUCUCAAAGUGCACAAACUUCCUGUUUCAUGAGCAGAACAAUAAACUUCUAUCAACAGUAACCUCAAAUUACCACAGCCUUCUCAAACUGCUUUCUUUCAAUAGACAAUAAAUUGAAAAUCUAGAAAAAAAAAAUAGCAAUGAUCCAUCUGGUUAAUUCAAGAAUAGAAAAAAGAAAAUAUGUACUAUUGGUAAUUUCAAGAGUUCUUGCUGCUUAAGCUUCAUUUACUGAUUUUGACUCAGGAUAUAGUCAUUUUCUAUUGAAGAAGAAAUUUUUGCUCAUAUUGCAAGGUAAUGCAUUUUUAAAUUCACGAAAAUCAGUGGAACAGACAUAAACUUUUGACAGUUAUCCCCACUGUGCUGAGCUACCUGGAGUGUGAAGUGUAAGAAAACCAGACUGAAAUGGUUUCAAUUCAGUAUUAUCUCCUUGUCUUCUGCCAGAAUACUAAAUUAAGAGUGGAAAAAGAUUUUAGCAUAUUAUCAUUUGGCAACCAGGUUGUAAAUUCUUUAAAAAUCCCUCAUACUGGCAAUACAUAUAAAUUAUGCUUGGGUUUUUUUUUUGGCCAGCAGAAGAGAAGGAAUCUCCCUCAGGUUGUAUGUUUAGCUCACAGCAGCAAUCAUUACUCAAAUCACUGGGCUGUUCAUCAUGCUGCAAACUCACUAGAGCUUUAAUAGAUCAACAUGUAAGUUGGGAAGUAUCUGAGAUGCAAUACUUAAGGUAAUAAACUUGUUCACUAAAAGUAAAUGGUAAUAUUGGAAUUUAACACUUCCGAGGAGUUAAAGAUCUUCAUUUCAUGUAAGGUGCUCUAAUGUAAUUGAAAUGGUGCUCAAAGGCAGGGUUCAUUAAAGAAGUAAACAUCUACAGUCACUUUUUUCAUAUGCAAUAAGGAAUUUUUUUUCUGAGGACUGAAGGUGUUUAGGAUCAGAAAAUGAUGAUAUUUCUAUGCUUUCUAUCUGAAUCCAAGCCAAAAAAAUGUUUAGUGUUUAUACAAUGAAAUGUCAUUUCCCACUUCUCAUUAUAUAUUUUCAUCAUUUCUUGUUCAGAUUUUUUUUUUUUUAUAGUUGUGUGGGUGGGGUUGUAUCUGGUUUUUCAGAGAAGAAAGCUUGUGUAACACAUCUUGCAGUGAACUUACCAAUAUAAGAUUUCUCUCGUAUUGUCAUAUGAUGCUAUAUACAUGUUAUACCUGAGAUGUUUGUAUCCCUGUUUCAACAUCUAAUGCUAUGAAGCUAUAAAGAAAUGUACAUCAUUUUGAUCUAUUUUGUAACAUCUAUGCAUAUAAAUAAAUAAGUAAAACUACUGCUAUUUACAGUUGAUGUUCUUUUGGGGCAUGUUUUGUUGUUUCUUUUGUUGAUUUGUUCCUUGAAUAAGACUAGCUUUCAGGGAGAUAGUAAAGGACAUAUGUAAAAACUGAAUUUAAAUUGAGUUUAAAUAUAUUUAUGUAAGUACAUAUGCUUUACACUUGAGCUCCAUUUUGUCUCUAUGUAUCCACCUAUAUGGAUAGGAGCCAAUAUUUUGGUAUUGAGAACCUGUACACUUCAUCAGAAUUAGUAGUCAGAGGAUAUUUUCUUAUUUGGCUCUGGCCAAGAACUAAAAUCUGAACCGUGACUAAAGAAGAUAGCCACAGAAAAUCAGAGAGGUACCUUUGCCGAUUUGUCCAAGUUCUUCUCCAUGGAAGAGAAACAAUCAGAAAGCAAUACCACACUGCAGUCAGAUAAAGAGAAUUCUUCAGUACCUGAAUCAUCCUUCUUCCUCUCAAGGUGGUGCCAAAGCUAUGAAAGCUACAUUUGAAAUUUUGAUAAGAUUAUGGUAACAUGUCAGUAACUGACCAAUAAUAUUCAGUGUUAUUGCUUGUCUGUCCCUCAUCUGAGCCCAGUACUGUUUGAACUACAAUAAGAAAUACACUGGUUUGGCCUAAUUUCUUACUUCUGGAUGGACUUAAUUUGUUUCUUUUUCUCUCUUCCUAUCUUACUUCUUUCUCUUGACCUACAAACUGGUCCACAGUUUUUGUAAAGACAAUGCCAAAGCACACCAUCCACUGUAUUCUUUUUCAUUUUCUUUCUGUUACCCUUAUAUCUGGACCUGAGACUGAAAUAGGACUGAUCACUGAGGAUUCCUGCUGAUGCCAUGUCCCUGUCUUCUCAGAUUUCUCAUCAUGGUUUCUAUCAGGCCUUCACACUUUCAUUUUUCACCUACAGAAACCAGGACAUGGGGAAGCUGAUGUGUAUGGAACUGUCACCCUGACAUGGAGAGGAGAGUGGAUGUAGUUGGGGUGUGUGACCUUCCAUGUGGGAAACUGAAAUCAGUUGCAGGGUCCACAAUUCAGACAUAGCACAAGGUGCUCUAAACUGUGACUUUAGCAGAAGGAAUGGUGUCACUUGUCAGGAGACAGCAAAUGCACAUGCUGUAGUAGUACCAUAGUUUGGAGUUGUGGCAUAGUGCGUAUUUAGAUCCUGGGAACUUCUGAUGUAAA